CUUCCCACAUGUGCUGCAUUCUUUGUGAAACACGUUAGAGUCUCUGGCGCAUCUGGAGCAGCUUAGUUUUAAAUACACUGGGAAGAAGUUCAAUGCUUCCGAAUGUUUUUUGUCCUUUCACACGUAUAUACAAAUAAGUCAGGUCUGCUGAACUGUCUAGUGCAUCUGAAGAUCAAGUUUAUUGGCAAGUAGUAAAGUUUAAAAGUUUGUAUGUGCAUCUUUGAGUCUGUAUAUGUGUGUGUUAGGGGUUGGCUGACCACUCUGGACAGCCCCUUCCUGAGAACACUGCUGUUCCGAGACAGGAAGUCAAGACCAAAAUAAGGACGAUAGAGUAAGAGAGAACUUUUUUUUUUCUGAAAUUUAUCUUCUGCUAGGUGAAGAGAAUUAUUGCUCUGUUAAAUGAAAACAGGCGAAUAGAACAGCAAAGGGCGAAGAUGGGCGAGUUCAGACCGCAUAUGUGAGAGGUAAAAGGAAACACGAAGAAGCAAGACCUCCGAGGGGAAGGGGGAAAAAAGGUUGUGGCGUAAAAGACACAAUGAUGAAGAAAACAGCUGUUAAAACCAAGGACUCCUAAGCAUCUAGUGGGUUGUUCCUCAGAUCCCUCUAAAUCAGUAAACCAGAGCUCCCUUGUUUCAUUUUCAGCCUUUUCUCCUUAUUCUUAAAUAUGUACAAUGUUGUCCUCGGCUGCUGCUACAUCACCCACUGUCAUCCCCAAACCUACAGCCCCAUCUUCUGUGCUUUCCGACUGUUCUUCCUCGCCAAAAUCUACACCACCACUCCAAUUGGUUGACAUUUCAGUUACCCCAACUCCACUAAAUCCCCAAAAGUCCACCUCCCCUCCGCUGCCUCUCUCGCCUCCUUUCUCAAUUCGAAAACCUCAAAGUUCUCUGCCACCUCCUAACUCCAAACCUUCUGUCCCUCCUCAACAUAAAGCAAAGGCUCCUAAACCUACAUGCCCACCUCUCCCAGCACAGCAGCCAUCAGCAAUCCCCAAAGCUUCCUCUACAGCCAUGCCCAAAGCCCCUCCACGGCCAACCUCUAAACCUCAUCAGAGACCCCCACCACCACUUACUUCAAAAACGCCCGUUGUACCAUCCCCACCUGUCCAAACUCAGAAAUCAGCCCAUCCCAGCAUUAGCAUCUUAGAGAAGCUGAUCAAGACAUGUCCAGUGUGGCUACAGCUGGGAAUGACCAAGGAAAGAGCUACUCAUAUACUCAGCAAAGAGAUGCCUGGGAUCUUUUUAGUGAGGAGGGACCGCGGCCAGUCACUGAUGGUGGUGUCAGUUCGUCUUCCAGACCAGCAGGGAGUUCCCCAGAUCCUGGACUUGCAUGUGAAAGAGGAAAGGGGAAUGCUGUAUCUUGAAGGCUCUGUCCUGGUCUUUGACAACAUAUUUAAACUAGUUGCAUUCUACUGUGUUAGUCGGGACAUCCUUCCCUUUACCCUGAAAUUACCUCAGGCCAUCAUCCAGGCAAUUAAAUAUGAAGACAUGGAGGUGAUCUCCACACUAGGAGUAGAAUUCUGGGGCUCAGAGCUGAAUAGUCACAUUCGGGAAGAUUUGAGUAAAUCUGCAGACCGCAGUGUCUCCGGAGAGAUUAAGCUUUCCUCUGUAAAUGACCAUCUUUGGUACAUUAACCCCAUCUUCAUUGAGGAAUACUAUAACAGUCUGCCUCCUAACUCUCCUCCACCUAUCCUGAGGUCCCAAAGCCUCAACAUGCCUGUUCAGGCUCUGCCAAAAUUCAAGAGGCCCCCACCACUACCUCCACGCCCACUUACAAUUUUUGAAGAUGCAUUGACACAAGUGUCAACCAAGGUGGCCAGAGAGAAGUUUACGUCAGAGGAUUCUUCACUUCUCUUGCUCAGUUCUCCUCCGCCUGUGGUGCAAAAAGAGGAAGGAAGUCAAUGUGGGUAUAAAAAGGCUGAGGGAACUCUAUUACCCAGCACUGAGGCAGAAACGUGGUACAAACAAGAUGCGGCACAACCACCUCUAAGUGAAGCAACAAAACAGGGUAGCGGUGCCUUUUCACAAAAGAAUCCCCCAGUCCCAGUUCGACGCCGGAUAUCAGAAGGCCAACUUUCAGGAGAAGAAGUCCAGCCGGAACCUUUAAAGGAAAUUGUCUGUACAUCUGUAGCAGCAGAGACCAAUGAGGAUCCUAGUGCUGCUUUGUCUCUCAUUUGCCUUGAUGACAGUAGCAUUGACCAAUGGGUGAGUGGACAGUCGGGACAGUCUAAAACACCACAAGAGGAAGAUCUGGGCGAUCAGUCAAAAAUUUCAAAUGGAGAUUCCACUGUGAAUAUGCUUCCAGCAAUCGACAUGAAGAAGCCUGGUGCUCCAGUGCCACCUCCUAGGAGAAAACGUCCGUCUCAGAAUGCGAUCAUAAUUACCCAAGACGCCAGUAAUACCACUGAAGGUGUCACCCAAGAGCUCAGCCACAUCACUCCGCAGCCCACUCCAAUACUCCAGAACCUUUGUGUCAGUGCAGAGCACCAAAAAGCUCCAAAUGUGUCAUUAUUUGCCCCUGAAGGAGGUGCUCCCCAGCCGGAUCAUGACUCCUACUCCACAAGCAGCACAGAGGAAGAGGCAGAGCCUACCCCGAUGGGUGCCUUGGUGAAGAGGUCACCCACUGUUAUGCUAGAUCGUGCUAAGCAGCGGCUCUCCAUGGUGAACUUCUCCACCGUCUUCACAAACUUCAUGAGUACUGACCGCAAGCUUCAGAAACGGAUUGUGGAGCUUGCUAGAGAUGGGAACACAUACUUUGGUAACCUGGUACAGGACUACCGGGCCUUUACUCUGGACACUAUGAAGAGGCAUUCAUCCAGUACAGAGAUGCUCCAAGAGAUCAGACAAAUGAUGACACAGCUCAAAAGCUAUCUGAUCCAAAGCACAGAGCUGCAGAAUCUGCAGGAGCUAGCUACUUAUUCUGAGGAGAAACUGGAGAUAAUCAUUGAGGCAUCACUUUAUAAGAGUGUUCUGAAGCCCUUACGAGAGGCAAUAUAUAAUGGUCUGAGGGACAUCCACUCCCGUGCAGGCACUCUGAAGAAGCUCAAGGAAAAUCAGCAGAUACUGCUGGGCACCACCACCACUGAUUUGGGUGUGACCACCUGUGUUCCUGACUCACCUGUCAUGGAAAAAAUCCAGGGGAAGUUGGGAAACUUGCAUCAGGAAUACUCACCUCAGAAGAAAAUCGACCUGCUCCUCAAGACAUGCAAGAUCAUAUAUGAGUCCAUGUCUGUGGGCUGCCCAGGAAAGCCUCAUGGUGCAGAUGACUUCCUGCCUGUACUGAUGUACGUACUGGCUCGUUGCAACAUGUCUGCACUGCUGCUUGAUGUGGAGUAUAUGAUGGAACUGAUGGACCCUGCACUACAGCUUGGAGAAGGCUCAUACUAUCUCACCACCACAUAUGGAGCUCUGGAGCAUAUCAAAAACUAUGAUAAGCAGGCAGCUUCCAGGCAGCUGAGUUUGGAAAUCCAGGAUUCUAUUCAUCGGUGGGAGCGUCGCCGCACUCUUAAUAAGGCACGUGCCUCACACUCAUCCAUACAGGAUUUCAUCACUGUCUCUUUCUUGGAGGCAUGUUCUAACACAAAGACUUUGGGUGUAGAUCCCAAUACCACUGCUCGGGACCUGAGUGCUCAGUGUGCAGAGAAGUUUGAAGUGCUGGAUCCUGACUCCUACUGUCUGAGUGUGCUAGUGGAUGGCCACUACCGACCCCUGACUCCCGAUGAGUUACCACUCGCUAUCAAAUCCAGCCUGCACCACAGUGAGCCACGCAAGGAAUAUUACUUUGUGUACCAACAUGGACGCUGGCCAACAGAGGAAACUGACAAGCAAAUACCGCAUACCCCUGAAUCAACACCUGCCCAGGAGGAGAGUUUGAUCUGAAGGAAUUACAAAAAGCCAAUAAGCCUCAUAGAUUAGUGCGUCACACAAUCUGUGAGCUCCUAUUACAGAAAAUAAAACAACCUGCAAUAAACAUCACCAGAUUAACAGAAUGACAUUAAUGAACUGGUACUUUACUGUACUUCCAUCCUGGUACCAAGUCUACUCCAAAAUUGCACUUUGACCUACGGCAAGAAUGUAAGGUGUUGAAUGGUCUGCACUUAUAUAGCGCUUUUAUCCAAAGCGCUUUACACUGUGUCUCAUUCACCCAUUAAUGGUAGCAGAGCUACCAUGCAAGGCGCUAACUUGCCAUCAGGAGCAACUUGGGGUUCAGUCUUGCCCAAGGACAGUUUGGUAUGUGUAGUGAUGUGGGCCGGGACUCGAACCCCCAACCCUACGAUUAGUGGACAACCCGCUUUACCACCUCAACCACAGUCACCCAUAUGGAUGCAUAAUUCUUUUGCUUAAAAAUAACCCAUAAUGUCGAUGAGUACAACAGACAGCCUGUUGCCUGUACUCUACAGCAAAACCCCUGAAGCAAUUAUCACCUGAUUUUGACUUCAUAAGGAGUCUUUAAGAGUGACUUCUGUUUGAUUAAAUUGUCAUUAGCUUCUCCUACACACAGCUGAGCUGUCUUCCUAGAACACACACACACACACACACUCACACACACACACACACUCACACACACACACACACAAAACAGUUUGGCAUUGGUUUGAUUAAUUGAUCCAAUAAACUGUUUCACCGUGACGUCUUUUACUAUAACAUAUACUGACAUUACCUCACCAGAGUGAGGUAAGGGUUAAGGUUUUAAGACAUUACAAAAGUAUCUUUUUCAGAAAUCGAUGUAUAUUGUUACAAAUAUUUCUUUUUCAUUGAAGUACCACUUAAACUUGAGCUCAUGUUUAGAUUAUAGCUGACAAACAAGAGGUCAUGUCUUUUUCAUCUUUAUUUUGUGUAUUCUGUUAUUUGCAUGAUAACUUUACCUGGGACAUAAAUUUUGCUAUUGCUACUUUGUAUUGGUUACCCCUCCUAUAAUGUUUCCUCUUGAAUUCAGAUGUUCUGGAUGAUAUUUCUAGUUACACAAACAGUAAGCACAUGAAUAAUGUUUGUAUGUCUGAUACAAAUUACUUAAACAUUUGUAUAUAUGACUCAGGGGUGAUUACAUGAUGCAUUACAAUUAAAUAUAUAACAACAAAAAAAAAAUUUUUUUAAUUUUUUUUUUACAAAUCUGUAUACAAUUAAAGUAUCCUUUCUUGA